AUGGUAGUGACAUUGACGAAGUUGGAAAGACUACAGAAGGCGGAGAAGUCGCGCACAUUCAAACCACUCAUCGAUGAGCUGAUCAACUGCGAGGAUGCGGUGUUUGUGGGGAAGUUGGAGGCGAUCCGCGAGUGGGACAGGCCGAAGGACGAUUUGUUCCUGUGGAUCCCGGUGCUGGACCGAAUGGAUGACAUGCUGGGGAAGGUAGUGGCGAAGUAUAAGUACCAUACAACUGACUGUAAACGUCAUCCCGUAAAGCUAAUUGAGAUGGCGAAGCCGGAUGAGGACUGGGUUGCGACGUUGCUAUUUUUCACUUGCAGGUUGCUGAAUAAUACUUCGAACCGCUCGCUAUAUUCGUCUCUGGACAUGAUGAGCGACUUGUUAAACUGCCCGAACUUCCGGGUAAAGUUGGGCGCGAUGAAGGUGAUUGCCACGAUUGGCGAGCGGCACGUGGUGGCUCGCCACAGGAUCGAGAACUCGAGCGUUCUCGCAAGCCAGCAUUUGAAGAAACGCUCGCUGAGCCUGGCACUUGCUCUUCCUUCUUCCACGACAGACGAUAACUCCGACCACUUUUCUCUAGUAGACCUAUUCUUUGAUAAAAGGAAGUAUCCUUCCAAAUGGUCGCAACUUCAAUACACAUACUACAUUACAAAGAAGCAGGCGGGGCAACAGUCUACUCAAAAGCCCAGCCAGGUUUCCUCAAUGAAGCGGUUUGUUCUUAACAACGAGGAACUGAGGUUUCUGUCACUACAGCAGAUAUUUGACCGAGCCAUGAAUGACCUGCCAUCUGAGUUUUGGUUUGACUUCUCUUUGCAGGCGUCCAUCGCGAAGGCAUUUAGCGACGAUUCAUUUGAGAAUAUACAACUGCGGAGUCUGAUCAUCCAAACCAAGUUUGCAGCGAUUGCAUUUGCAAAUGCAAUAUACAUUCCCCCACAGGUGAGCUCCAAGCUAUUCGAAAUGGAUCCCUACGCAUUCAAUAACUUAACAGAUUUCAUCUCUCUGUCAGAGACGAAGAUACCGAAAGAUUUGCGAACUGAUGCGUUGUUUGCGUUGGAAUGCAUUUCGCUAAAACACGUUUGGUGUUCAGACAUAGUAAGAAACCUGGGGGGCAACAUGUCACAUGGUUUAUUAUUUCAGAUCCUGAGAUACAUUGCCAAGGUUUUACGUGAAGGAGACGAGGACGCUGUGGAUGAAGAGUAUAAUGUCAGGUUUUUCUAUCUGAUUUCGAAUCUGGCGGAUGUAAAGGCACUUCAAGAAUCGCUAAUAUCCGCAGGCCUGAUCUCCAGCUUACUAGAGAUCGUUUCAACUCAAAACAGCAAGUACAAACGUACCCUAGCAUCCGCUGCACACCUGCUUGAAGAUGUUAUAAGUGACGCAGAUGCAACGGCAGAAUUUAUCAAUAACAACGGUUUUAAUAUUUUGAUUCAAACCGUUACCUAUGAAGUCAACUUCGCAGUUCAAAACCCCUCGUCCGCAGAGCCCCCAAAAUACUCGGUUGUUUAUUAUUCAAUUUCAUUCAGGCAGCUUGGCUUUAUCAGAAGUUUAUUGAAAUUGGUGUUGAAGUUACUGAAGACUGAUUCUGGUGAUCGGAUUAGGAACUUGAUUGAUUCACCUAUCCUAUUGGCGUUUAAUAAAAUAUUGGAAAAUCGGCCAGUUUUUGGGUAUACAUUGGUUUCUCAUGCACUUGAUGUUGUUCAGACAAUAAUUAACACGGAGCCAACCAUAUACCAAGUUUUGGUGGAGUCAGGCACCAUUCCAUAUAUUUUGCAAAACUUUGAUCAGUUUUUGGGACCUACGAGUGAUUUGCUGUGUAUGCUUCCGGAGGUAAUUUCUGCAAUUUGCUUAAAUACAGAUGGGCUGAAGCAAGUCAAAGAGAAAAAUCUACUCAAAUACCUUUUUCAAGUUAUUAAGACCCCUGAGUUUGCCAAAAUAUUGUCAUGGGAGGAUCAGGCGGUUAAUUAUGGUGUGGCGUUGGAUGAGCUGGCCAGGCACUACCCAGAAUUGAAACCAUUGAUUGAAGACUAUUUUGCUGCAACAGUAAAAGAAUUGCCAUCUCUGACCUCUUAUACACAUUCCUACCUGUAUGAAUCUACCGCGGGGAAUGGAGAGUUCUACCUAUCAGAAAAUGAAACUAUUAUUGAUAAUGAAGAUGGUGCGGAUGAACUUGCAUUUUGGGAGGUUCAGGAAUCAUCCCCAAUAAUAGAUUGUUUUUCGGGAGUUUUCUAUUCCAUGGCAUCUGAAAAUAUUUCCUGGGCCAAUCUAACAGAAAAGAUAGCCUUUCAAGACUUCUUAAGUGUCGCGAUUCCUGAGAAACCAACAUUUGACUACAUCAAUUCGCAAACUUUGUUAAAUUUCACUGACGUUUUAAAGAUGUUUGAUGAUGAACGCAGGUCGUAUGCUUUACCAGAGUUGUUAACAAUUUUAGAUUCUAAGUUUGCAGAUCUUGAAGAUUUCCUGUCAUAUGAUUUCACAAAAUCCUAUGUUUUGAAUGAACCAAAAGACAGGGUCGUUGCAACUUUGAAUAAGCUGAACGUCUUGAAUGUGAUUCUCUACAUUAUGACCGACAUUUACAUUAAUAUCACUACUCUAUUUCCCGUUCGUGUCAUUCAAAUGAUGGAAUUCUUUGAGAAAAAUGGGUUUAAUCUCAUAACUAAUUUAAGAAAGAUGUUCCAAAGAUGUGUUUUAGAGGAGAUGUACAUCAGAUCACGCCUUCCACCAGCAGUUGCUGAGGAGACUAUCUCUCCUGGAAUAAGUUUUGUACCGCCCAUUCUGAUUCAUAAAGAUGUUCCUUUAAAGACUGAAGCGAAACAGGAGAAGACAUCCGCAAAGUUUAAGAAUACAUUGGAGACAAGACACUUGUUCCAAAAGGUACAGUCCUGGACGUCAAUGUUAUUCCGUUGUUUCCUACGGCUAACCCAUGCAAGGAAGAUGAACGUGGAAAGGUAUGACCGGGCGCUAGAGAUAAGGAUAUUUGAUAAAGUUGUAAACGAAAUUGUUGAAAUGCUGAACUUGGAUUAUUUGGAUUCCCAUUUAAGUUAUUUCUUGGUUGUUUUGGAUUUCAAUACGCAUAUUUUCACCUGCCCAAAAGCAUCUUUAACCAUAUCAGAUGGCAUCGUUCAAACGGUCCCGACUUUCCUUUUCUAUCAAGCCGGAGGGUUUGCAAUCUAUCAUGAACUAAUAAAGAAGCUUUCUACGCGUUUAUUGGGAUUUGAUGGCAUUGAGGCAAUAGAGAAAGUGGAAUAUGUUAAAGAUCAAGAUGAUAUUCUAACCGUGGGUGUGUUGAUGAACUCAAUUGCGUUCAUGAAUAGAUGUAUUCAAUUGGAGACAAUGGAGAAUAUCCGUUCUAUAGCGGAGUAUUACCCAUAUGACGACAUAUACUAUAAUUUAACGAGGGCGUUGAUUGUGCCGGUGAAGAUCCUCUCCCUCGGUGCCAUCUCAGAGAUAUUUUCCCAAGGAGAAGUAUUUGAUACAGACAGAAGACGUAUUCCAUAUUCCGUCUUCAAGCAAAUACUCAGCUUACUGAAAAAUAUUUACAAUAGUACAUUUGAGUUGGAGGAAGGUACCGAUGUUUACGAGCUUAGAUGGGAUUUGAUGCCUAUCUCUCAUAGAAAGGUUGAAAUGCUAAAAUCGUGUGGUAUAUCUCACGACGUGGCUGUUGGUUACUUGGAAGAGGAGAAGGAUGAACUACCGAUACAUGUGAAACCUGAUGUUUUCUCGGACAGUGAAUGGCAGAGAUACCAGGAAGAAAGAAGCUCUGGAUCGUGGAGAACUAACAUUGAGUUGUUGCCUCCGCAGUACAAUGGCUCUUCAACCAGAGAGACUUUGUCGAAAAUGCGUACAGAGUUUUAUCAGAAUGGAUUUGAAUCAGGUAUUUUGAAGAUAUUGCAACAUUAUCCUAAACUAAUAAAUGCUAUAUCACAUAUGUUUUUUGAAAUGUACGGCGAGCUGGGGUUUUCGCAUACUACCAUGCUUGAAGAUUUGCAGGAUAUGAUGAAUACCAUUCCAAUUGAAAAUACUAAUAAACUUGCGCCCGUUAUUCAUCUAUUUGGAAUAUUCUUGAAUGAUAAAAAUAUCUAUGAUCAGGCUAAGAAAGAGAUAUUUAAAUUCGUCUCAUACUUGUCAAUGAACUUGCAUCCAGAGAAUGUGAAUUAUUCUUGGUUUUCCAAGGCUCUAUACGUCUAUGAGAUAAUUUUUGCGAAGUCCGAGACACCUGAAGCUUCCCCUUUACCAGAAAAUGUCACAGUUUCAUUCUCGUCGAUUCCUAUCAUAUACAGAAUUUCCCAGAAAGAUAAAGACAUUAUCUUUAACUUGUUAAUCCGCGCUAAUGAAGUUACUGACUUCUAUUCUGCUUUGGCAAUUUCAAGGAUACUUAUCCUUUAUACCCGUGAAGAACGGUACGCGCAGGAAGUCACACAAUCGGGAAUUUUGUCUAAAUUGCUCAAAGUUAUUGGUGCAAAUCAAAAAUUUGAUAAGAUAAACUACCUGGAAUCUUCUUACCUUCUGUUAGUAAGAAGAUGUUUUGAAACCAAAGAGAUUGUGACUAGCCUCAUCGAUUAUGAGCUAACUAGAGCUUUCACUACGAGGGCAAUAGGCGAUCACAAGGAGAAGCCACGUGAUUUGCCAGCACUUGUUAAUGAGAAAGCGAGCAUAGUGAUGAGGGAUCCUGAAGUGUUUGUCAAUCGGAUAUCUGAGACGGCAAGAUUUGAAGACUUUAAUUCAUCUAAGGAGCUUGCAAGUUUAAGCGUCAGAAGGCACAUGGAUGAGAAGGAUGAGGAAAUGACUAGUAAACCGCUCUCGUCUGAAGGUUCUAAUUCCCCGAUUACUGGUAUUGUUCAUUUACUAUUGUCACAGUUGAUGGCAGCGCAUAAACGAGAUUGGGUGAGCGAAACACCUUUGACACCAGAGGAGGAGAAUCAAAAGAACAAGAAGAAGAAGGACGAAGUGAAAGUCUCCAAAAAUCCAGUCUGUGCUUAUAUGAUUUUUCUGCUUAAGGUGCUAACUGAACUUGUGAGCAGUUAUAAGCAGAGUAAAUUUGAGUUCCUCACAUACAACAAGAAAAACGUCUAUAACGAGACUCCAAAACCGCGAGCGACUGCCUUGAACUUCUUCCUCUACCAGCUAUUGGAUACUAACUUCCAGGACAUGGAUAAACAUGAAGGUAAGAGGCGUGCAAUGAUAAGCGGUUUAGCUAGAGAUACCAUAAUUGGAUUUGUAUCUUCGGUUCAAGAUAGCGAAACCAAAAAGGUUGAUCCAAAGAUAGUUGACUCUGACAUGACAUAUAUUAGGAAAUUUACCAUUGAGGCAAUAUCCAAGGCCAUAAAGGAGGCUGGUGUUUCUGCGAAAACUAUCGAUGCUAAUGCUGGGAAAUUGUUUGGUUGGUUUCAUCUAAUUUCCUCCUUGCUGGUGGUAGACAAGGGGUACAUCUUUUCCGUGCUUGAUUCUAAUAAAUCAUCCAAUGACAAGUAUCAAUUGUGCAAACUGCUGAUUGAGAUGAAUACCCCUGGUACAAUAACUGAUUGUAUGGCAUCCCUGGACUUGAAUUAUCCUCUCACAAAGAAAUUAUUCAAUAGUGCUGUUGAACCUUUGAACGCUUUGAAUGAGGUCAGAAAUAACUUUGCUGACCUCUUUAAACUUGAAAAUAACGAGGAUGAAGAUGUGGAAGAUGUUGAGUCAGAUAAGGAUGAUGUUCCAGAUAUGUUCAAAAACUCAGCACUAGGUAUGUAUGACAUCGAGGAUGUAGAAGAUGAUCAUGAUGAUGAUGAAAAUGAAUCUUUAAUUGGGGACGAUGAGGAUAUUGCGUUUGUUCAUGAUGAAGAUGGUCUUGAGGUUGUGUUCAGUGAAGAUGAAGAUGCAAAUGAAGACACCACGGAUGCCAGUAAUUCUAUAGGCAGUGACUCGGAAGGUAAUUCUGAUUUCGGAGGAAGUGGACCAAAUGUCACAUUGGAAGUUUAUACAGACUCAGAAGAUGCAAUAGAAGACGUUAACACCGCGGCAAUCCGUAUUACUUCUGGUAAUUCUGCAGAGCACAGCUACUAUUCUGAAGGGGAAGAUUCUGCUGAAAUAGAAAUUUAUGAAGAAGAAUACGAUUCGGAAAUAGAUAUCGACAUGGAUGAUGAUUCAGAAUUAGGCUCUUCCAACUGGGAAUCUGGUCUCUCUGAUUUAUCCGACUCAGAAGCCUAUUCCGAUGAAGAAAGAACCAACAAUACAGGUGACGGAUUUGUACGUUGGUAUAGUGACGACGGUGUAGAAUUUGAGGAUGAUACAGAUGAGGAAGGGAGAGGUCUGUUUACAGGCAUUCAACACGUUUUUCCUACUGAAGAGCAAUUGUUCAGGGUACAUGCAAGUGGCGCUGCACGGUCGACUGGUCGUCAUCAUCAUCGGCAUGGUGCUGCGCCUUUUACUACAUCUACUAUUACCCUCGGUGCCUCACAAAGACGUCCACACAGUAUCCUAUCGAAUCCAUUAGGUCCUUCUGGGUUAGAAGAGGUUGAAAAUGAUAUUGUGUCACAUUAUUUGGGGAAUGUUGAGACAAGUGACAGGAUUGGACUAAGUUCUAUUCCUCGCCUUCCUCGUGUUUUGCUCUUUGAUGGGGAGUUGUUCGAUGAUAAAUCAUCAUCCGGAAUACUAUUGAAGUCUACGACAGCGAGAUGGAAUGAUAUCUAUGAAAUGUUUUAUGACUCCAAGGUUUAUUCCAACAAUGUUGUUACAACAAUUAUAUCUAGGAUCUUUGAACCUAGUGCUGAGCUUUACUUAAAGGAACAGGAAGAGAAUGCGGUGAAAGAGAGUUCUAGAAUUAAUGAACCAACAAGACGUCAAGAUGAGAGGAAACGAAAGCUCCACGAGAUCGACUCUGAUGAGGAACAUAUAGAAGAAGAGGAAGAGCAUGAUGAAGUAGUAGAACCAAUCGAGGCACCAGGAAUAAACUCGCCGCAAGCAAGAGCGCCACAGGAACCAGUCUAUGUCACCAUUGAUGGAGAAGCGGUUAAUAUUGCUGGAACGGACAUGGAUGCUGAAUUCCUGAAUGCUUUGCCAGAUGAUAUAAGAGCUGAAGUAUUUGCACAACACAUUAGAGAGUAUAGGACACAGUUCCAAGGAUCUGAGGGCUCGUCUAGAGAGUUAGAUGCUGGGUUUUUGAAUACUAUACCUGAAACUCUCAGACAGGAGAUCUUGGCCCAAGAAGUCCCAUUAGAGAGGAAUGCAAGGCCUAGUAUCUUGGGUUUAAGAAAUAGAGAAGGGGAGGAGUUUAGUGAAGUCGAGGAUGAGUCUCCAAGAUUUAAUGAACAACGUACCGAAUCUUCUAAAACCAAAACGGACAGAGUGCAUUUUGCUCCUCUUUUGGACCGCUCUGGAAUUGCGGCAAUUAUGAAGGCUGUAUUUAUUCCGCAACCAUACCUAUCUCGGGAAAUCUACCACGAAUUGUUUUAUCGUCUGUGCUCUAGUAAACAAAAUCGAAGUGACAUUAUGAAUAUGCUCCUACUCAUUUUAAUGGAUGGAAUUAAUGAUCAACAUUCUCUAGAAAGAGUUUACAAUCUUUUGUCAAAUAGAGCGGCUUCUAGUAAUAGCGGUACGAGCAAAACCCCACAAAGACAAUUGCCUCCGGAUUGCACGCCUUUAAUUGUUACCAACCAGUGCAUUGAAAUCUUACAGAGUAUGGUGGAUGCAGACUCCAAGUUAAAAUACUUCUUUAUCACAGAACAUGAGAAUCUGCUUAUCAAUAAAUCACCACUGAAGAAUAAAAAAGAUAUAUUCUCAAAGAAUAUGAAGUGGCCAAUCAACUGUAUUCUAGCACUGUUAGAGAAAAAGGUCAUCACAGAUGAAGCUGUUUUAAUGGAUCUCCUCACUAGAAUAUUACAGGUCUGUUCAAAACCUAUAUCUAGUAUUGUGAAGAGCUCUAAGGAUGGAAAGAAGAAGAAGUUUGAGGUCCCUGAUAUAGAAAAGAAAUACCUCGCCUCCAUUGUUUCCAUCAUAAAAUUGGAUUCGUGUAAUACCAAAGUAUUCCAACAGACACUCAACCUUAUGACAAACCUUUUCGCUAUUAAGGAUGCUCAUGAGACAUUUACUACAGAGCUCUGUAAUUUAGCGAAGGAGACAAUCGAAGUCCUGGUAACUGACCUAGAUGCCUUGGCUAAAGAAGUUCCCGCAGUUGAUAGUGGUACGGAGGUGAGUUCAGAAAUUAUUCAGAAAUUUACUGUUCCUAGCUCAGAUCAAUCAAAACUUCUGAAAGUUUUAACGGCUAUUGACUACAUUUAUGUCAAUAGAAAAAAGGAAGAAGAACAGGUGGUAGAUCAGCUACUUCCCCUCUAUAACAAGAUGGAGUUGGGUCAUAUUUGGGUAUCUUUAAGCAACUGUCUCACGAGAUUUGAAGAAAAGCCUCGAAUGUCGACCUCUGCCACAAUACUCCUGCCCUUGAUUGAAUCUUUAAUGGUUGUUUGCAAACACAGUAAAGUUCGUGAGACUAAAGAUGCUCUACUCAAGUAUGAAGCAAAGAAGUGCGACUUUGCUCGUACCCCAGUUGAGAACUUAUUCUUUGCCUUUACUGACCUGCAUAAGAAAUUGCUCAAUGAGAUGAUUAGAUCUAACCCGAAGUUGAUGAGCGGACCUUUCUCCCUAUUAGUUAAAAAUCCAAAGAUUUUGGAUUUUGACAACAAGAGGUACUACUUCACCGCCCAACUUCGGGCUAUUACCCAUGACCGUCCCAAGCUCUCCAUUUCAGUCCGCAGAGAGCAUGUCUUUUUGGAUUCCUAUAGGUCUCUAUUCUUUAAGUCUAAUGAAGAUAUAAAGAUAUCCAAGCUGGAGAUCUCGUUUAAAGGUGAGGCAGGAGUGGAUGCCGGUGGUAUUACAAGAGAAUGGUACCAGGUUUUAUCAAGGCAGAUGUUUAACCCUGAUUAUGCCUUAUUUAUUCCAGUUGCCUCGGAUAAAACUACAUUCAGGCCAAACCGUACAUCAGGAAUAAACCCUGAACAUUUGUCUUUUUUCAAAUUUAUUGGAAUGAUUAUUGGUAAAGCUAUCAGUGAUCAAUGUUUCCUAGACUGUCAUUUUAGUCGUGAAGUUUACAAGAAUAUCUUAGGGAAGCCCGUUGCGUUGAAGGACAUGGAAUCCCUGGACCUGGACUAUUACAAAUCCCUUAUCUGGAUUUUAGAGAACGAUAUAACGGAUAUUAUCGAGGAAACCUUCUCGGUAGAAACUGACGAUUAUGGUGAGCAUAAGGUAAUUGAAUUGAUUGAAAAUGGUGCCCAUGUUGCUGUCACUGAGCAAAAUAAGCAUGACUAUGUGAAGAAAAUUGUUGAGUACAAAUUGCAAACUUCAGUAAAAGAUCAGAUGGAAAACUUCUUACAAGGUUUUUAUGCGAUUAUUCCAAAAGACUUGAUAUCCAUCUUUGACGAACAAGAACUAGAGCUGCUAGUGAGUGGUUUACCUGAUAUUGAUGUUGACGAUUGGAAGAAUAACACUAUUUAUGUGAAUUACACGCCGACUUGUAAGCAGAUUAAUUACUUUUGGCGCGCAGUCCGUUCUUUUGACAAAGAGGAGCGGGCUAAAUUACUACAAUUCGUCACAGGCACGAGUAAAGUCCCAUUAAAUGGAUUUAAAGAACUAAGUGGUGUUAAUGGGAUCAGUAAGUUUUCUAUCCACAGGGAUUACGGUUCCAUUGAUAGGUUGCCCUCAUCUCAUACUUGCUUUAAUCAGCUAGACCUACCAGCAUAUGAUUCCUAUGAAACAUUACGUGGCUCGCUAUUAUUGGCAAUUAAUGAGGGCCAUGAGGGAUUUGGUAUUGCAUAA